UGGUGAAGGGCCGCAAUUUUGGGGAGCACUCAACCUCCCUGGACAAAUGAUCAUACUCAGUGGACUUUUUAUUUUUGUUUCCUGCCCUCGCGACAGACGUCAAAACUUUUACCAUUGCGAUCGACAAUAGAGCGAAUCAGAAAGUUGCAUUCAUGAACGGCAAUGAGGAAUUUAGCGUAAACGCGGGCGAGUACGCUCCCGACGCACCCGCUCUGCAGGUUAUUGUCCUGGGCUCAGGCGGCGGUCCAACUGAAGACAAUGUGACCGGCUUCCUUGUCAGAUCCCUGGCAACUAAUUGGUGCAAAGGCUCGAUGCUUGUAGUUGAUGCGGGAACCCAUUUGGCUGCACUGAUCCGAUUGCUGGAGCAGAAUCUGUCGCAACCCGACCUUCUAGUGAAAUCGGCUCCAAAAUAUGCCGAAAAUGUUCCUCCGGCCCAUUCGCAGAACGCGAGCAGACUGCAAUCAAUCGCGCCAGAGACGCUCUCCUCCCCUCAGCUUUCCCCUCGUAUGCCUACGAGGGUCAAUACCCCUCGACCGAGAAGAUCUGCUCCUGGGUCCCUCUCCGCUAAGCCCCCAGGACUUGGUUCCGAACCGCGGAUUACACUGGUCAAAGGCCCGUUUGCGGGUCUGGAGCUUCCAUACGAAUCUUCGCGCGCCAAUGCCGCUCAUAUUACCCGUGAGAUUGUAUCUACAUAUCUCAUAACUCAUCCACACUUGGACCACAUGUCCGGCUUUGUGAUCAACACCGCUUCAUUCCAUAACACCUAUCGACCCAAGCGCCUGGCAGGCUUGCCUUCCACUAUUGAGGCAUUCAAAACCCAUAUUUUUAACGAUGUGAUCUGGCCGAAUCUUUCAGAUGAGGAAGGAGGCGUCGGGCUCCUGACCUACAUGCGCUUGGCUGAAGGUGUCAAUGUCGCAAUCGGAGAAGGUGAGGGUAUGGGAUAUAUUGAGAUUUGCGAAGGACUUGGUGUCAAAAGCUGGAGCGUGAGCCACGGCCACUGCAUGAAACGACAUAGCCAUCGCGGAAGCAAUGCAGGCACGCAUGAAGAAGCGCUCGCACAGGCAGUGGGUGGUGGGAUGAGCGGAAACGCUCCAAGGAAGUCACUAUCGAUGGCAUCAGACCUCUCCAGUGCGUCGGAUAAACCAUGCGUCUACGAUAGCUCGGCUUUUUUUAUCCGCGAUGAUGCAACAGGAAGAGAGAUUCUCAUCUUUGGCGAUGUUGAGCCUGACACUCUCUCUCUACAUCCUCGAACGCAGCAAGUGUGGACAGAUGCGGCACCCAAAAUUGCUACUGGCAUUUUGAGUGCCAUUUUCAUUGAAUGCUCGUAUGCCGAUGCGCAAAAGGAUGAGAUUCUCUUUGGCCACCUGGCUCCCCGCCAUCUCAUCUCCGAACUGGAGGCGUUGGCGGUACUAGUGACGGACGCAAGGCAGCAACUUCGCGAGGAAAUAAAGGCCGCCGCAGCAGCAGAAGCCACAGAAGCCGAAGCUGAAACAACAGCGCAAGUAGCCGCAAAUCCAUCAGACCACACCAUGGAUCAUCCUUCUUUCAAAGCACAGAAAAAGCGCAAGCGGGAAGGAAAUGACGCCAGUCCUGGUCCGGAUCCGGAAAUCGCCAUCUACAAGGACGAGGCUGCCAGCGGAGCAGCAAGGCAAUCCGAUCCAAACAUCGUCAGAAGAACAUCGCCAGAAGACAUGGGCCAGGACAACGCAGACGCCAGCUCAGGACCAGACGCGCGGCAUGCCAGAUUUUCCUCUCCUCGAAAGUCCCAGAAGACGUCUGAGAACUCGCACGAUGUUGGUGACGAGAGGAACUCCAAGCAGCAACAGGCACCCGCGCAAUCAGAUGGACCAGAAGCGGAGGCCAAGUCAAAGAACCAGUCCAAUGACCUGCCUCUCCAAGGCCUCCAGAUUGUCGUGAUCCACGUCAAGGAAACACUCUUGGAUGGCCCGCCUGUGGGUGAUAUCAUUCUAGAGCAAUUAGAGCGGCGAGCACGUGAUGCCGGUCUGGGCUGCAGCUUUGUAAUCUCGCAACCUGGACAAAGUCUUUUAUUGUAACAUGUUCUCAUGAAGAUUUUAUUCUGCAGCUGUAUUUGUGCCUCUAGCAUUUUUUCUUACCAUUUCUUUUUCUUCUUUCCUUCCCUCCCUUUUUCUUUC